AUGGCGGCCGAGUCCCAUCUUUCCCCCGAGCGGACCAUAGAGGUGUUUGGCGGCGGCGCCUCCAGCGCGAGCCCCGGGCCGCCCAGAGGCCCGACCGCUUCUAUGGCCCCAACGGCCACGGGCGAGAAGCUGCGGGACAGCUGCCAGGCGUGUGCUGUCUCCAAAGUGAAGUGUAACAAGGACAAGCCGAGCUGUUCGCGGUGCAAGAGACGGGGGACCGUCUGCGAGUACUUCGCCACGAAGCGGCCAGGCCGGAAGCGUAACGGCAACCAGCCGCCGGCGCAACGUCAGCCGCCGCUCGAGCUCCCGGACGACGCCGCCACGGCCUGGACCGGAAGCUUUGCCGACGGCUUCAUGCUCGACGUCGUGGGCUCGGCGCAACCAGACAUGAAGACCCCGUGGUUCGGGACCGGGCCACUGACGGGGCCCGUUCCCGUGGACGGCGUGCCGGGCUCGCCGCUGCCCAGCGCGUGGCCGCCGUCGCCGGCGUCUCGGGUACUCGAUUCCGCCAUCUCCUCGGCCUCCGACCUGAUGUUCGGCACGCUCACCCCGGACAUGUCGGCCUUCGCCCCCCUCACCCACCAGACGGCGACUCCGGCCAGUCCGGCAAGCCUCAUCGACAUUUCGGACAGGGACGCGGAUGCAAACGCGGACGGGGUAGGACAGUCCCGGGACCCAGCCUCCCCCUCGGCGGCCACUCUGGAUAUCUUUUCCGUGUUUGCGCGGAAUUCCGAGUCCGACGGCUCCGAGUCCUCGUCCUCGGUCUCGCGCCCUGCCCGGGCCGGCUUCUCCCCGGGUGGCGCGACGUGGUCAAUGCGGCCUUCGAAGAGGGUGAAGACGGUGACGACGACGACGACGACGCCGCCGACGACGGCAGCGGCGACUGCUGCGACAGCCGAGUGCCUGACCUACCCCGUCCUGCAGGAUGAGCCACCGCUCGACCGAUUACCCGGAGCCUGCCAUGCGCAGGCCCUGCGUCUCGUCCGGAAUUGCCUCCGGAACAGGACGAACGGGAUGCUGGACAGCGCAAAACCCGACCCGUUUCCGCAGCUCCAGACGCAGUCCGUCUCGCCCCAAGCUGUAGUCGGCGAGAACAAGCGCACGAUCGAGGCCGUCCACGCCGUGCUGGGGUGUUCAUGCUCGGCCGGGAACGGCGCGCUGCUCAUCAUGCUGUCCCUGGCCGUCUGGGACGUCUUAGACGCGUAUGCCGCCGCGGCCCGAAGCCAGGAACCCGAAAGCCCGGAAAACAGCCCGGGCUCCUCCCUCAGCUCGUUUCACAGCGCUGACCCGUCCACCACAUUCGCGGGUUCAUGGCCGGCCACGAGACCGUCUCGGCCACGGUCGCUGUCCGCGCUGACCAUCGCCACGACACUGAGCUCUCACGCGUCAAACCAGUCGCGGGACCGACCCCGCCUGGACCGGAAGGGGGCGCAGCUCAUCCUCGGCGAGCUUCACCGGGUCCAGCGCGUGGUGAAGGAGAUAUCCGGCCGUCUCGAGGAGUAUCACGGCUCGCGCGGCGGAAGCCGGAUGACACCCGGGAAGGACGGCGAUGCGGGGGACCAAGGGGUCAGCGCAGAGCUGCACAUGCCAUUUUUCUUUUCGGAAGCAACGUGCAAACAGAUGGCGCGGGAUUUGAAGGAGCGCGUCCGCACGCUGGCCAAGGUCCUCAUUCAGACACUGCAGGAUGGGUAA